UACUAAAGGACUGGAAAGUAGUUCAGCACCCUCACAAAAACAUUAUCUAACUUCUUUCCAAAUUCAGAACAGAAAUAUUUGCUAGGAUUUCUUCAGUUCCUAAUAUACUUUAAAAAGUCCUUAUUUUCUCUAGCCCUACCAUCUGUGUGGUUUUCCCUGAUGUCUUUAGCUUUCCUUAUCAGUGUUCUACAGAUCAUAAUUUUUAAUUUAUAUUGAUUGUGCUUACUUCCCCUUUUUACAUUUGUUCUACAUUGCAUUUUUUCUAUUGCUGCAUUCAAUUCACCACUCAACCAUAAUGGGCUUUUAGCUAAGCUUAUCUUCUUUCUUUUGAGACAUAAUGCUUUACUGAUUGAUUUAAAGUAAGUUUCAGAAACCUCAUAUUUUACAUCUUUAAAGGAAUGAUCUGUUUAUUGCAGAAAAAAUUAUCUCCACUGAGAAUUAGGAACAAACUGUAGUGAAGAACUAGAAUUAGAUUGAAUUGUUGGAAAUCUGACUGCUUUGGAAAUUGAAGCUAUGCAGUUUGUCAACACACAAGUCAAUAAUUGUUUAUCUAAGGAAGUAUCACAGUGGAACAGCUGAACAUGAGCCAUUCUAGAAAAAACACUAGUUUCACUUUUCAUUUUUAGUCACGGUCCAUAAUUAUUCACAUAUCUGAAUGUACUCACUCAGUCUUUAGACUUCACUAUGUCCUUUCAGCAGGGGACAAUCCCAUCAGAGGUGAAAACGGCAAUUAGCAAAAACUUCUUUGAAAUAUGGAAAAAACAUUUUGGUCGUAUAUCAAUGUUGGUAUACUCACUUGUUUUGGUAGUGCUUGAAAAGAUAUUGGAAUCUGAUUUUAAAUGCCCAGAAGAGCUGCACUUGAGACAUUCGUACACCAUCUUACUUUUCAUUAUGCCAGCAGUACUUUUUUUUAUAUUAGGCAUGAUUUUGCAGACAGAGUUUCUACGUCCUUCUCAUAAAGAAAACGAAUUCUACUACUUUUACAGCAAAUGCAAAAGUGACAACAAACACAAAAGUGACUCCACAGAUAAGCACAAGUUUCGUAGCUGUUGGGGUGUUUUUUUAAAGGCUUCUUUUCCUGCUGUCUUGUGGAUAGUGAUCCUUCUUCUGGAUGGAAGAUAUGUUGACUGCCUCAGUAAGAACAUCACAGAGUAUCAGAUUUUCCAGCUCGUGGGACUCGGUGUCAUAUUCCUGUUGUCUGUAUUGGGUCAAUGCAAGUGCUGCUGCAAGAAGGGCUACAGAAAAAAGAUAACAGUGGAUGGAGAUGAAAUCAAACGAAUAGAGAAAGAAGUUGAUGAAAGAUUUUAAAACAGAAGGAAAAGGUAUCUGGCAAUGCGUAAAGGAUGAAUAUGCCCAAAAAGAAUGUGGUAACUACUGACAAAAAAUAUAUCUGUACAAUACAUGAAGCUUGUGACAUUUCAGGAGAAGGCGGCUCAGCUGACCAAGAAAAAAGGAACUUCAUCAUCACCUCAGAGGACCGGUCAGUCACCUCAAGAACCUCCAGUCCUUACGUCAAGUGACCUCCAGUCCUGUACAGCAGGAACCUCCAAUCUGUCACUUCAAGUGAUAUCAGAAAACAUAAGUUGUUCAAUGUGUGUGAUUUUUCUGUAUUUUAAAACGCCACAGAAAGUCUGGUAACUGAUUAUAUACCAGUAAUAACACCAAACCAUGACUACACAGCAACUGCAAGCUACUAAAUGCACAAAAACUGAAGUGGAAAUAAGGAAGGACAUGCACCCCAGCAGUUCUGCUCCUCCAGCCUCUCCCUGCGUCUUGGCUUCCUCUCCCAGGCUAGGGGGGCUGUAGUUGGUUCCCCUCCUCCAUUCCAGGUGGGAGAGGGUGGCUCCAGGGGCUCCCCACCCUCCUCUGCCAGGCUGGUGCUCCAGGAGGGCAAGGGGGAGAGCUGUCUUGUCCUGUUGUUCACAAGAGGGGAGGAGGAAAUGGCACUGGAGCCACUUGAACUGUUGGGCUCUUUUAGUUCCCUCUUCCACCUUCCCCUCCAUGAGAAUGGUGUCUGGAUGUCGAGGGAGUGGGAAAGGGAGAGAGCUCUGAGUGCAAAGUGCCAGAUCCGUAGCAGCACUACACCUCUCUGGAUGAGAUUUCCUGAGGUAUGUGUAAACAUGUGACAGAGGUUCAAUGUAAGUCUUAUAACUCAGGUGUCUGAGAUCUCCGGUCUUCAUUUCAUGAGGUCUACAGUUCUUCACCGUAAGAGAUCUUCAACCCUUCACCUCAAGGUUUUCCAAUUCUCCACUUCAAGAUCUCAAUACCUCAUCUCAAAGAUCCCAACCUUUCACCUCAGAGGUCCAAACUUCAUCUCAAGGAACUACAGAUUUCUGAUUUCUAAGUAGUGUAAUCUCCAAGGGAAAGCACAACAAAAACCUCAAAACCUGCUUCUCUCAACUGGAAAACAAAGAAAAAAAAUUAAGGAUGAUUAAAAUUCUGUCCAUAUCUAGUUAACAAUGGUCAUAGGAUGACCCAUCAUCAUUAAAAUAUCUUCCGAUGAAGUAGUUUUGAAACAUAGAAGUUUAGGUAACCACAACAUUUGUGUUCCAGAAGAAAUCCAGAGACUGCCAAUAAUCCGCUCAAGACUUCUGCAGCUGUCAAAUAGUUAAAUACAAGGCUUACCUAGCAAAUAGCUCAGUUGUUUUUCACAUGCACUAGAUUUGCUUUAGCAUUUACUUUCAUAUUUUAUGUGCAAGGCAUUUAAAAAUAAAGCACUCUGAAACUCAA